AUGACAACGUGCGGCGGUGGGAUGCACGAGGCUAAAUUUAGCAGGUUGCCUUUUCAGCAAUUGAUGUGGUUGGACAUAUUAAUAAGAACGAUUACAAGAUGCAAAUUAUCCGAGUUUAAAGUGGAAAUUUUGAUGAGAUUAAAAUCGAGGCUCGGCCUCGAUUGGCUUACUAUUACGCAGGCUCAAAGAAUUGUGGAGCGUUUUAACACUCGCUCUUCUGGUUAUGUGGUACCACGUCGAUGUGGAAAAUCUUCAUUCUUCAGCACCAUCCUGGCUUUGAUCCUCGUGACCUGUCCAUAUGCCGGGCUCAAAGCAUUAUACACAGCACAUACUCUAAGUGUGGUGUCAGAAAUGUAUCAAAACAUUGCGACCAAUGUUGUGCGCCCCCUAGAAGCUUUUAACGCCUAUCAGUUGCAUCAGUACCAAAUGCGCAAGGAAAGAAAUAACGGUAUUGAGAGUCCUAGUGACUUUUACUUCAAAGCCGAGGCCAGACCUUACACUCACGGCCAAAUUAUAAGGGUCGAAUUCUUCAAAUUGAAUGAUGACGGAGUUUUGAAUCUAGCAGGUGAGAAGAAGUUGGUAAACUCUCUUCACUGUAAACUAUGUAUACGACCCAAUAGCCUACGAGGUCUUACAUAUAAUAUGGUGAUAGUUGACGAGGCCCAUUUUGUGCCAGCUAAUGUGUAUGAGACUUUCUUACCAUGGACCGCUACGGAUGAUGGUACCAUGGUAAUGAUGUCAUCGCACAAAUGUGGUCAGGACAACAAUUCAUACGUGGAUUUAAACAAUGUACGCAUGUCAGGCAUCUUGAUGAACACGGUCGGUUAUGUUUGUCGUCACCACCUACUGAGCAUGAUUAGAGCACCACAUAUCGGAGUCUUAAGCUGCCUUUGUAAUUUUUUCAGCCAACCCUUACAUAUCAACACCGAUAAAGAUUAUAAGAAAAUGAUGAUCGCAUUUACGGCACAGAGAGGAUCCUCGAGCGAUACAGAGAGCGAUCACGUUAACAACAAGACAGCUAUGCUAUCAGAAGUGGGAGGCAUUCCUCAGGGCCUAAAUAAAGACGACCUAGUCAAUGUCGACGUUAAGAAGAUUUCCCUUGCCAAUGAAUCGGGAACCCGACAUUUUAUGAUUCAGUCCAUCCCCGUGGAAGCCUAUCUAUGUACUCGCACGCGGAAGGAUAUGACUUUUUCCGAAGAUGUGUUAUGUUACAUAGACCCUUCACCUACUGACGUCACGCGGUCUUACAAUGCUAUGGCUUUCGUCACGGUAGCCAGCAAGCCCCUUUACUUGCCGAACAGUAGUAACAGACCCGACGGCAGAGAAGUUAUGUUUAAUAAAUAUGUGGUGUUGGCCCACGAGGACUACAGACCAAGAUGGGUUGAUCCUGAUAACAGUUUGGACGAUAUGACCAUCAUGGCAAAGGUCUUCAUGAUUACGGUGCGGGCCAUUACGUUGCUAUAUGGUGGCCAUUUUAAACGAUUUAUCGUUGUACCUGAGUCCAAUGCUUUAGCAGUGGACACUUUUUGGUCGGCCUGUGGCAUGUAUCUUGCCCAGGAGGAGUAUGCUUCGGUGCUCUGUCCCCAUAACGUUAUUAUCGUCUCCACAGUGACCGAAACUCGCAUUGCCUCGGGGAGGCGACCAUCCGAAAAGAGGACUGAGCGCAUCGUACGCCGUGCAAAGCAACGUCAUGAAAACCGAUUCAACCCGUACAUCACAUCCGAAAGCGAGAACCAAUUGCUCCGUUCAUACCCCCAACGAAGUUACUUCCUAGACAACAGUCUUAUUCCAUUACCCGUCAAUACCGAGUCAUACAGGCCUCAAAUUGAAAUGUUGACGCAAGAAGAGAUUGCUCAGAAUAGGAUGUGUGAAAUGGAUGAGCCUCCCAUUUUCAAACUUGGCUAUUCUCUUGGUAGAGAUAAAGUUCAAAGACAUUGGGACUUUUUCACUCGAUGCUAUAAUCGGAAUCCUAAUAACAUGUCCGACAUCACGUGUGCUCGGCAAAUCUUCAGUUUCUGGCUGACGUGCAAAGGGGAAUCCAUUCCGAGUUAUAUUGCGCGCAACAUGGCAGCCAUCUGUUUACACCGUAGCCAAAAGGCGACCACCUCUUGGACGUGUAGCGGAAAAGAUAGAGUUUCGAAUGGAAAAUUUAUACGCGAUGACCCAGCUUUGGUAGUUAUAAUGGCUACUACCAUCCUGGCAGACAUCAUAAACGGGACAUAUGUCGGGAAGUUUCUCAGGCUUGAGGCCAACACACAUCACAGUGGCCAAAAGUGA